UGUUUUUAUCUCGGUUAGAGGAGAGUCGACAGAAACGCAUCGACGCACGCAAGACUCAUGGCACAUAUUGUAUUCUUUUUGGAGAGACGCACAACGGAAAGUCCGUUCACUCUGUCACUGACAGCAUUCUUACCUUGUUCUCUCAGAACGAAACAUAUUGUCUUUUACUGAACGGGAAUUUACAGCUUCACACAGAGCAAAGGCGAUCUAAGGCGACUUUAUGAAUUCAUACAGUAAAACCAAUGGGACAGGGAAAGAUUUUGUAGCAGAUAUUGGGUUUUAAAAGCUGCGCGCGGAGAUUCGGACAAGAAAGUUCGCGCGGUCCUGAACAGCUUAUGAUUCAAAUGAAAGAUGCGCGCAGACUCGUACUAUGAGGUGAGGUCUACAGUAAGACUGUUUUAAAGCUGUACUGUGUUACAGACAGUAAUUUUACCGGCGUUUAUCAGAUAUAUUUGGCAUUAGUCAAGUUGGAUAUCUGUUGCUCGAGAAAUGACUCACGUUUAGCAGGUUCAUUGUUUUCGUUGUUCGUGUUCAUCCUUAGAAAUCAGAGGUAUUGUUGUUCGCCGAGUUUACCGGCGCCUCACGGGCUUCUGCAAUGGAGACUCGUAUUCAAACCGUUUGACAUUUCUGUGGAAAGCCAGUCGAAUGCCAAAUUGUCACUGAAUCAAAUCGAAUGAGCCGGACACCUGGAUUACUGAGUCGCAAGCUCACGGCCUAUUGAACACAUUAGCACCUGUCACAUCAGUCCAGGCAAGGUCAUCACUUCUUCCCUUCAUUCUCCAUCCGGCUGUUAAACACUGAGUCCCGGCACUCUGCUCUUCAACAAUGGAGAGCCUAAGUGAGCUUCAGAACCCUCUUCUAGAUAAAAACAGCAAGCAUAUGGUUAUGGCCGACUAUGGUUAUGGUGGUGACUUCCACAGCAACCAGUAUCAGGAGAACAUUAUAAACUACUUUGUGACUGGUGGAGGAGGCGGAGGAGGAGGAGGCGGCGGCGGUGGUGGGGUUGCGGUCACAGGAGGAAACGGCAAGGCUAAAGCCCAGCUAUUGGACGCCACCUCGCUUCACCUAGCGGUGGAGGCCUUUUACAAGCCUAACUUCAUUCUUUACAAGGACGACGUGAGCAGCAAGGGCAAGGAUUACAAAAACGAGUGCUGUGAGACCACCUUCAUGGAGAAGAAAGACAAGGACGUAGCGGUGGAGACCCCCAGUACGGAGGACCCACAGGCUAAACUGCUGGACGAAAACGAGGUGAAAAUCCAGACUGUGUCUUAUGAGGUGGAGGAAGAGGAAUAUGUUGAAUAUGAGACAGAUUGCUCCAGUGACAGUGAGAGCGAGGACAACUUUAUCGUCAUCCCUCCUCGUGAUCACCUAGGCCUCGCUAUCUUCUCCAUGCUCUGUUGCUUCUGGCCUCUGGGCAUUGCUGCUUUCUACUUUUCUCAGGGGACCAGCAAAGCCGUGACUAAGGGAGACUUCCCAUUGGCGAGCAUUGCAUCUAGACGAGCCUUGUUCUUGGCCGCUCUCUCCAUCACCAUUGGGACGGGGGUCUACGUGGGAGUGGUGGUGGCCCUCGUCGCGUAUCUGUCCAAACCAGGCCACAUUUAGCACGGACAGGAGAGAACUGCAGAACUCCACGAUACUACACAACCACCUCUGAACGUCUUUUUUCUAAAUGUCUCAUUCUCAUCCCUCCCCGUGGACCGCCUGUCCGUCCAAAUCAGAGAAAGGGAUGAAACAGAAGAGGAUGCACCAGAAGAACUGGGGACUUUAUCACCCCAGUCAGAAUAAAUAAAUGUAAGCUUCACCUCGUGUCACACCACACUGGAUAAAACUUAACUAAGUCUGAGAGCAGUUCAGGUGAAGAAUACAAAGUACAGACAAAUAAGCAAUCCAAUUAACUGAAACCAAAGGGAAGCUAUUUCAAAGGACACCCGUAAGGAUCAAAAGGACCAAGAGCCCUUGGAUUUGUUUUUCCCUUUAUAACUGUGCUUCGUUCGGAACCUGAAAGAGAAGUCAAGCUGCUGUCCGUUUCUCUCUCUUUACGUGCGUAGUCUGGUAAACCCUGUAUGUGCGUGUGGCCCAAUUAAACCAGCACUGCUGAAUGAAUACACCAACUGCAGUCUGUGAGCUCUGUUUAAAAGGAUAGAAUGUUGUCCACCCUAUUUAGGCAAAAUAACACAGCCUUGUAUGUUAUAAGCAAAUGUGGAGUUCAUGAAUCUAAAUGCGUAUGAUCACGAUACAGAACAACAGGACAAGAAAUAACUAUCAAAGACAUUUCACCUCUAAGAAUUGAUCUGUGAAAUUCAGCUUACACAACCUCUAUGCUUUGUGUUGUAAAUGUCUUUUGUUUUGUCCAAAGUUGAAAUCUUCAUUUUGACUCAACGAAGGCUGCAAGGUUUAUGUGGGCGAAGAAAGAUAGCACAUAAACACGAAUGGGAAACAAGGAAAUCAAGCGUUGAUUUUAUAUUGGUAAUGAUUUGCUUGACUUCAACAAAUUCCCUGAAACUGAAUAUUAAUGAAACAACUGUGCAAGUCGAUGACAAGGUGGUCUGUCCACAUAUUCCCCAAAAGCAUCACUUAAUGUCUCAUAUGAUUGGAAAAAUUCAGAGGUGACAAAACUCCAGGCAGAAGGUAAAAAGAAAAUGACAAUAUACUUUCCUCAAAUCCUAAGACAGAUGUUUGAAAAAAAGGCAAGCUUUGUUUUCAAGUGAAAGAGCCUCAGAUUGAAUCGAUUAAUAAUGUAUUGGAUGGCUGUAAGCUCACGAGCAUGUGAACGAACACAGGGGAUGUUGAGUUAAAGGUCGACUGGUCUAUUUCAACAACAAUGGAGCCUGAAUCUGGUGUAGUCAGAACUUCAAAACAUAAAAACAACGGGUUCCCUGGUGGCUAGGUAGUGUUUUGAGGCUUGAUUUGAAUUCCUAUGAUUAUGAAAUAGAACUUAGUUGGAAGCUGGUAGAAAUUAAAUUGGCCAAUUAAAUUUUGAAGUAUGUUAGCCAAUUGUGCGUAACCACCUAAUAUUGCAUCCCAUGGUGACUUGGAAUACCCAAUGGUAUUCAAUGCUUUUACAUUUGCAUUGGUAUGCCUUUCAAGGGCUGGACUGACAAACUAUUCAUAAAUAGAUCACCCAAAAAUAAGGGGGGAGGGGGUAAAUCGGAGUCAUGUCAGUUAUUUAACAUUUGUGUUCAUGCGUACCUUCUUUAAAAUUACAGUACCGAAAACAGUUUGAUUAGAAAAAAAA